AUGACAGCCUGGCAGGAGCUAAUCUCUGUCUCCCACUGUAGAGGACGAGGAGAUGGCCAUAAAGGUAGAUUGUGUUGCUUUCCCAAGGAUCCUCUGGAGGAUGUUGAGACUUGGGGCGAGUCUGUGGAUAAAGUCCUCAGCUGCAAAGCUGGACAGAUAGCUUUCCGCGAGUUCCUAAAGUCCGAAUACAGUGAGGAGAACAUCCUUUUUUGGCUUGCCUGUGAGGAGUACAAGAAAAUCAAAUCGGCCCCAGAGAUGAUCUCCUCGGCCAACAGGAUCUACUCAGAGUUUGUGCAGACGGAAGCACCCAGACAGAUCAACAUAGACUGCGGCACCCGAGAAAACAUCACAAAGAACAUCUCCCAGCCGACCCCGACUUCCUUUGAUACGGCACAGAAGCUCAUCUACAGCCUGAUGGCCAGAGAUUGCUACCCGCGCUUCCUCAAAUCUGACAUGUAUCAGGGACUCCUGAAGAAAGCCGAGACAAGCCUAGUCCAAUCACCACCCAUCGAGCCGCAGCCACAUGGAAUGGAUAUUGACGGCAAGAAGCAGAGAGGAUACAGGGGAGGAAACACGAGGUGUCGGCUGCAGUGCAAAUCUUCACAAGCGACUAAGACUGAAAGGCUUCGUUUUGAGGAGAUGUCUCAGUGGUCACAUUCACUUGAAACGCUUCUCUCCUCUAAAUUGGGGAUUCAAAUAUUCGAGGCUUUCUUGAAGUCGGAGUUCAGCGACGAGAACCUGGAGUUCUGGAUUGUGUGUGAAGACUAUAAGAAGAUCAAGUCUUCCUUCAGGAUGACCUGCAGGGCCAAAAAGAUCUUCAAACGCUACAUUCAAGCGGAGGCUCCCAGAGAGAUCAACAUCGACCAAAAGACCAAAGAGCAGAUCAGGUGGAAGUUGAAGGUUCCCUCAGUGGAGUGUUUUGACGAUGCCCAAAAGACAGUCUACAGACUAAUGGAGAGGGAUUCCUACCCACGUUUCCUCAAGUCGGAUGUUUACAGGACCUUGCUGGACUCCGCAUCAGAAUCGCUUCGGACGCAGAAAGAAAAAGAAACAAACUUACUGGGAGAAUCUCUCGAGACCUUCCUCACCAAGAAAAGAAGACAACUUGUGUAUUGGGAAUUUCUUAAGUCGGAGUUCUGUGAGGAGAACCUGGACUUUUGGCUUGCUUGUCAAGAAUUCCGAACUUUGGACUGUCCAGAACAACGAACAAAGAGUGCAACCAGAAUCUAUGAAGAGUUUAUCAAGGAUGACUCUCCCAGACAGGUAAAUCUGGAUUUCUACACGAGAGAAAACAUUCGGCAGAGCCUCCAGCAACCUACUGCAUCGUGCUUUGCUGUGGCACAGGGGAAAAUCUACAGCCUGAUGAAGGAUGACUGCUUCCCACGAUUCAUUGAGUCCAAACACUACAAAGUCCUUAUUGAUGAAGCUUCUAAACAGAGGGGAAUCAGGAAACAUCGUGUGGCCGUGAGAGUAAAGUCCAAUGGAGAUGAUCUGAAAAGUCAACGGGCUACAGAAGGACCUCCUUCUCAUGAAGAAGCAGUGAAAUGCUGCUGUGAGAGUAAGGAGCACAUGCAUAGAGCGGCAACCGGUGCAAAUGAAAAAGUGGACACGACCUAAACAGCUCUGGGUUUAAAACUGGGAUACUUCCCAUUGAGACCGUCAGCAUUGUGAAUGUAAACUGCUUUAAAAAAAUUUUUUUUUAUUUUUUAUCAUGAAGCCAUGCAAGUGUUCCUUAUUUAAGUUUUGGGAUUCAACCCAGUUUCUGAAAACUUCAAAAGACCUUGUUCUAUGUGCAUGAUGAAGGCAAUGCAACACCAAAGACUGCUCCUGAAACUAAAACCGUGAGUGCUUCUAUAGCUGUAAGCAAAGCGCACCCUGUCUGCAGCUGAUGCAGUAUUGCCACCCAGAGGUGACCAGUAGGACUCACAGGCAAAAAAACAACAACAAAGAAAUAUUAUUUAGACAAGCGGUAACACUGACUGAAUGGAGGUUUACUAUCGAACUGCGAGUUUUUACUUGUCAGGUAUGGUACAUAAUGUAUCAAAUGCAAUACUGCUCAGAACUUUCCACUAUCUGUUCUUAAUAUUUUACUUCUGAGGAUCCAAACUCAGUUUGUAAGCUGCUAAAGUGCUCGUGGCCAACGGUUUUCCAGGACUACUGAGAGUCAUUCAGUUUAUUUUUCUUUAGACAAUGACUGCUUUUCCACCAAUUGUUCAGUCCAGUCCUUUCACCUGCUUAUAACAAACUGUGAGUAUUUCAAACGUGAGAAAAUAUGACUUUGUUAAAGAAUGAAGGUGUGUGUUUACACCUGACAAAGAACAAGUUUGCAAAUUUUUCAAUAAAUUGCUGCACUUAUUCUCUCUUCUCCCAGCAGUAAACUAAUAUUGUUUUAAUGCUUUUUCUCCUUAUUCUACAUGUAAAAAUGUUUUUUGAACAGUUCUUAUAAACUGUAAGACUGAGCUGUAAUUUCCUCAAACAGUCAAUUUGAAAAAUGUUGAUUAAAA